GCUGCUCUGCCAACUUCCUGCUUAGUUCUCCGCUGCAGACAACAGAUGAGACACACCUCAGCUCAGCCUGCCCAAGGGAGUGGGGACAAAACCAGAAAUCCUCCUUUGAGAACCAUCUGCAAAGUCAUCCAGUUGUCAGACAUGAACAAGGUGAUCCCGGUAGCCGUGGGCGCCUUGAUGGGAGGUGGCAUAGCUGUAGCUUCAGUCCCUGUGUUCCUGGGAGUUGUAGGCUUCACUAAGGUUGGCAUUGCCACUGGCUCCAUGGCAGCAAAGAUGAUGUCAGCAGCAGCUGUUGCCAAUGGUGGAGGGGUUGCUUCAGGCAGCCUGGUAGCUGUGCUUCAGUCUGUAGGGGCUAGUGGCCUGUCCACAAUGGCAAGUACUGCACUGGGUUCUGCAGGUUCAACCCUUGGAAGUAUCCUUGCAUACUGGGGCAGUCAGAAAUGAUAGCCUACAGGUGCCAGGGACUCACAGUGGCCUCCUGGCCUCUCUGCCUCUGAGGGGAAGAUGGUAUGAAGACAAUAUCCCAGCCAGAUGCACAUCCUUUCCAAAAGCUGGGCCUUCUGUCCCCAUACAGGGAGAGCUCUGACAAAUAAAGGCUUGGCAUGAC